AUGAGGAGAUAUUUGGUGAUAAAAAGGAUUCUCUUGCCUUGGUCGAGGAGGGACAAUACCCAGAAUGAGUCCAGUCCGCUCAUACCAAAGGCAGGCUCUGCAAAAGAGGACGCUGAGGAGCUUGGCAAUGUCACCACUGAAUUUCACCAAUCAGGGACAAACAAUGGACAGGACCAUGACAGCCCUGUAUUCACAAGGAUCCAACCCUACUACAGUUAUUCUCUGAUGGACUAUUUCCUAAAAUAUUUUCUGUUCCUAUGCAAUCUGGUGUUCACAGUUCUGGGCCUAGUGGUUCUUGGUCUGGGGAUGUGGGGCCUCAUCAGCAAAGAGUCAUUUGCUCAGGAGAAGAUCGGCAGUAUAGGCACUGACCCAAUGUUGGUACUUGUGACUCUGGGCUUCAUGCUGACAAUGCUCUGCCUGUCAGGCUGUGUGGGUGCAUUAAGAGAGAACUGCUGCUUACUGAAGUUGUUCUCCGCCGCGGUGCUGGUGCUCAUCACAGCCCAGGUGCUGGCUGCCAUCAUUGCCUACAGUCUGCAAGAUCAGAUCGGUGGCUACCUGCGGUCAGGGAUGUUAACUGCCAUGGCACGCUACCAGGAUGAUCUGGAUCUGAGAUUCAUCACAGACGAGGUUCAGUCAAAUCUGCAGUGCUGUGGGGCAGAUAACUACCGUGACUGGGAGGUCAACAUAUAUUAUAACUGCUCAGCUCCGGGAGUGCUGGCCUGUGGUGUCCCUGCGACAUGCUGUGUGGACCCUUUGGAGAACGGCACAGUGUGGAACUCUCAGUGUGGUGUUGGAGCCCAGCUGCUCGAUGAGUUUACUGCUCAGAGCGUGAUCUUCUUGGGUGGUUGUCUAGGGGGAAUUUCUCGCUGGAUCGAGCGGCACGAAGGCCUGAUAGGCACAGUUAGCAUCAUCGUACUGGGGGUCCAGAUUCUGACUCUGUUCAUCACUACACGACUGUUGGAAAGAAUCCAGUGGCAUAAAUAUUAUAUAUGA